GUUGUCUCGCAGAACCGGCACGAGCAAGUUUCAUACAUGCGGUAGAGAAGCCUCCAUUCAAACGGCGACCUUUCUAGAACUUUAAAAGCGUACUUAUUUCCGAUAUAGGCGUUGUCGUAGAUAUAUAUUUUUUGACGCAAUCAUUUCUUUGUUUUAGUGUAGGCAGCUUUUGAAGGGAUAUUUUUUAAUCUGUUUCAUUUUUCCUUAUCCCGCGCGCGCUAUCGCAGAGAGCCGUUUGUGAACGCGCGCGCGCGCUAAUUAGCUUACCGGCUAAAAGGAAGUAUUUUCUUCUGGACCGACUGUCGUAACUUGUGAAUGUUCCCCUGCCUACCUGCAGUCACAGUUGCACAAUGGCUGGUUGUACCCUCUGCUUGAUAACCAAGCACCACAACAGCAGCAAAAAAUCUAGUAUAAUUGCUGGAUAGCAAUAAAUCUUUUGUUAUACCUCUAGUUUACUUUAAUUAAUUUCUGGUCAGUCCCAGAUUUUUACAAGUUUGCACUGCUGAAUCUCAGUAACUCGGCUUAUAGAAAAGCUAUUUAUUUAUUAUUAUUUACAUAAUACCUCUUGAAUUUAUUGGCUGCUGUUUAAAAGUAGCCUUAUUGAAAUAGUUUGUUUUUACAUUACUUUCCCUUAAAAUUGUGAAGUAAUUCUAAUCUAGUCUACAAUCAUGGUUUCACCAACUACAGCUGCAGUUAUUUUGGCUACUGCUGCAGCAACAGUGUCAGACACUCCUAUGACAGACUACAUGUGGCUGCUGAUCGUUGGCUUCAUCAUCGCAUUUGUCUUGGCCUUUUCCGUGGGUGCGAAUGAUGUGGCAAACUCAUUUGGCACAGCUGUUGGAUCUGGGGUUGUGACCCUGCGACAGGCCUGCAUUCUGGCUACGGUGUUUGAGACUCUGGGUUCUGUCCUUCUCGGGGCAAAAGUGAGUGAAACCAUCCGCAAGGGUAUCAUCGAUGUGGGCAUGUACAAUGGCUCUGAGCAUGUGCUGAUGGCUGGAUCUGUCAGUGCCAUGUUUGGUUCUGCUGUAUGGCAGCUGGCUGCCUCUUUCCUUAAGCUCCCCAUUUCUGGAACACACUGCAUUGUUGGUGCUACAAUUGGCUUUUCGUUGGUUGCCAAAGGUCAGCAAGGAGUCAAGUGGCUUGAGCUUCUUCGUAUAGUUGCUUCCUGGUUCCUGAGUCCCCUUUUGUCUGGAAUAAUGUCGGCUGUGGUUUUCUACUUUGUGCGCAUGUUCAUCUUGCAAAAGAAAGACCCUGUGCCUAACGGCCUGAAAGCCCUGCCUGUCUUCUAUGCUGUGACCAUGGGGGUCAACCUGUUCUCCAUCUUGUUCACUGGAGCGCCGGAGCUGGGAAUUGACAAAGUCCCUUGGUGGGGCAUCCUGCUCAUCUCAUUGGCCUGUGCUCUGCUGACUGCCAUUGUGGUCUGGUUUAUUGUCUGCCCUCGCCUCAAGAAGAAGAUUGAACGAGAUAUCAAGUCUUCCAGCCCCUCGGAGAGCCCCCUGAUGGAAAAGAGAGAGCUCAAAGAGGCCCACUGUCCCAUCCUGAAGCAGACUGCCAAGGAGACGUCUACACCUGCUGCGCCAGCUGUCACUCAAAACUCCUCUGAACCUCAGCCGGUCCCUGAGGAGCGGAGGGUGGCGUUUGACAUUGGAGAGUCUGAGGAGGGGGAAACUAAUAAGGAGCGCAAGGUUGCUUUUAACAUCGGGGAUUGUGAUGACACAGAUGACUGCAGUACAAAUGCCCCAAAACAGCCUCAAACAAACGACCAGCUCCAGCACAGUAACGGCUCUGCAAAUGCUCCUAGCCAGGUCCACUUCAAUAACCAAGCUCAGUUCAACAACAGACCGGCUCAGAUCCCCAGCAAUGGUUACAGUCAGUACCACACGGUCCACAAGGACUCCGGCCUCUACAAAGACCUGCUGCACAAACUCCACCUGGCCAAGGUUGGCGACUGCAUGGGCGAGCCGGGUGACCGGCCCAUCCGAAGAAACAACAGCUACACCUCAUACACUAUGGCUAUCAUUGGCCUACACGGUGACUUCAGGCACAAAGAGGCGGACCCUCGUGUCGGCGAAGACGGCGACAAGGCCCCGGGGUCCGGCAGUCAGGAAAAGAAGCGUGUGCGCAUGGACAGUUACACCAGCUACUGCAACGCUGUAGCAGAGAACACAACUCCUGAAGGUCUGGGCGAAGGCGACGUGACACUAGAGAUAGUUAACGAGGAUGCGGGCAGCAGCCAUAGCUCUCUGGAUGACAGACACGAAGAAGACAAGCCUGAAGUAUCCACUCUGUUUCAGUUCCUCCAAAUUCUCACAGCUUGCUUUGGAUCUUUCGCCCAUGGUGGAAACGACGUGAGCAAUGCCAUUGGACCUUUGGUAGCUUUGUGGUUGGUUUACACAACGAGCAGCGUGACCUCUAACGCACCGACACCCAUUUGGCUUCUGCUGUACGGCGGCGCUGGCAUCUGCAUCGGCCUGUGGGUGUGGGGUCGCAGGGUGAUCCAGACUAUGGGCAAAGACCUCACCCCCAUCACGCCUUCAAGUGGUUUCAGCAUCGAAUUGGCCUCAGCCCUGACUGUCGUGGUUGCUUCUAACAUUGGUCUGCCUGUCUCAACCACCCAUUGCAAGGUGGGGUCGGUGGUGGCAGUGGGAUGGCUGCGUUCGAGGAAGGCUGUAGAUUGGCGCCUGUUCAGAAAUAUCUUCAUGGCGUGGUUUGUGACCGUUCCCAUCUCCGGCCUGAUCAGCGCCGCCAUCAUGGCCAUCUUCAUCUACGGCAUCUUUCAGAUUUAAAUAUCGCUUACCUCAGGCUGACGACAACGAAAGGAAAAACGUUUGAAAGGACUUGUGAUAUGUGCCUGUGGUUCAUAUUCAACUUAGCUUUUGCUAUUUGUUCCUUUCGGAUCUCCGUUGGGAGAAAUCUGUUUCAUAUCUCAUCAUUUCUGUAAAUUCUUGAUUCUUUUUAAUUUUUUUCUUUUUUUUUUUUACUUUUCCAGUGAUGUAAAUACAACCAUUUUGUGUUUUUUGUUUUUGUUUUGUUUUGACAGUAUUGGAAAUGCAGUAAUAAACCUAUCACACCUGUAAUUUAAAGUAUAACACAUGCUGAAAGUAAUGUAGAUGCAAGAGCUGUACUUUAGGAUUAAAAACAAGAUUCAUUGCUGUAUGUCUUUACUCCAGAGUAUUUAAUAAUUUUCAUAUUUUGCAUCCGACUUUGUUAUACGCCCUGAAUCCGUACGUUGCAUUUGUUCUCAUAAAAGAAUCAAAAACAAGUUCAGCUAAAGUUGGUUAAAAUGGUUUAUUCUCCAGACUCUAUUACAGUGUAAGAUAUAAUUGUAUACACUGGAUGACCACAUGCAGAUUAAUAUGGAAAAUACUGUAUGCAUUAAAGGGUCAUUUCUUGAACAAAAGAAAACAAAGCCACGUGCACAAAGCCUGAAAUUGUUCACCUCAGUUUUAGGAUGUAACAAAAUGUCCACCAGCGCGUAUAAUGUAUUCCCAAACGAGUCCUUAAGUCUCCUGUUGAAACUUGAUUGCAUCAUCCUUGAUGGUUAAUGCUUUAGGCCUGCUUUAGCCUUGUAUUUUUUAGAUCACCUUGUAAUUGCUACUUUCAGUAUGUUUUUGAUACCGUUUGCACCUUCUGAGACGGUUAGGAUACUUUAGCUAUACACAAGUUUUAAAACUGGAAGUGAACUGAUUCGAUUGGCACAGAGUUGGCCUGUUUUUCUUCAGAAUGGGGGCAAAUAUACAGUGUGUUGCAUGUGGUCACUUGACUGCAAUACUAAAUGCAUUUCAAACCUAUAGAUGCUGUAGUUGCCUUAUUUUUUUAUUUCUUUUUUUUUUUUUUUUUUAGGUACCAAAGAUUUUUUAUUUUAAAAUGCACAUCAAUCUUUUGCUCCACAAUUGUGGAUGGAAAAAUCAAUAAAAAUGGUAAAAAUA